GAUAAAAACUGAUACAGAAGAAGUGUCUAAUAUUGAUUUAUAAACAAUCUUCGUCUGAACCAAUAUAAGAUACUCAAGUAAAGUCCAUUACAUUGUACUGCGCUUCUACCACGAUUGACGCUCGAUUUGGACCUGUGGAUAAAACAUGAACAGUUUGAUUGUCUUGGCAUUACUUGGCCUUGCAGCCAGGGUUUACAGCAAGGAAUGCUUUGUUGGGAAAGUAUUUGCAACAGAGGAUAUGACAUCCGGGACAUGUACAAAGACUUGCUCAGAAGCUAGUGGUAACUCACAUAGGGCUGGAUGUAGCAAGAUAAAGAACUGCAAUAAGCAUUUCACCGGUUGGACAAGAGGUUGGGUCAGAUGUGACAUCUGCCAGUGUGAUUGCUACAAAAACUGUGGUAGUCAUGAAAAAUGUCGCAUUGCAUCUGGUAACACUGUGAGACGUGUCUAUAUUGAACCUGACCUGAACAGAGGAUCUUGCACAAAGACCUGCGGAGAAGUACCAAAUCAUAGAAACAAAUUUGGUUGCGCGGAAAUAAAGAACUGUCAAACAAAGCAAAAUGGUUGGAUUAGAGGGUUCGUCUCCUGUGAUAUCUGUGAAUGUGACUGUGUUCUACCUACUCUUGAUCCAUUCGAUCUAGAGCCUGGUGUACUGUAUCCAGGACGAUGUGUCCCAAAAUAGCUUGUGACACGAUAAGACAGCCAUGCAAAAGAUGUACUGUGACGUGGAACAGUAACAAUAUAUCAAACAUCAUUCAACGAUACUAACGAGACAAUAUGCUAGUAUCGUUGAGAACAAUGAUCACAUUUUAUCAAUUUGACUUAAUUUGUAAUAUUAUUAGCUUAUGAUAAUCAAACAGUAUCUAAAUAAAGUACCUUAAUUGAUAUUGGUGUUAACACAUCUCUAGGGGGUGAAU